AUGAUAACGGACUUUUUUUUGUCCUCUCCUCCUUUGCUUUCGCCACUUCUGCCACUCUUCCUUAUAUCGUGCUCACUAUUUGCAGAAAGCCUUGCUAUUACUUCCACAGCUGCGUAUGAAGGCAGAACAUGGAGGAACAAUAUCCAGUCUCUACAUUUCCUGACACCGUCAAUUUAUAAAGACGCACUCGUCAGACCGAUCCUUCUGAGCAGCAAUAUUUCAUAUAAUGAUGUGAAUCUCCAGUUUGGAUGUGGAUUCUUCUGCUAUGGCAGCCCUUGUGACACAAGCUACCUAUUUGCAACUUUCUUUGUUGUCUACACCACUGAUGGUAUGCUGCGUGAUAUGCAAAUGGUGUGGUGUGCAAACAGAGACCAGAUGGUGCAAGAAAACGCAGCCCUAACACUCACCUCCACAGGAGAACUUGUAUUAAGGAACUCAGAUGGCACUCUCGUCUGGUCUACAAAUUCAUCCCCACAAGCUUUUCAAAGGAUGGCAAUACACGAAUCUGGGAACCUUGUUCUCUAUAACACCUCCGGUGGAAUCAUUUGGCAAUCUUUUGAUUAUACAACUGAUACCGGUCUGCCAGGGCAGAAGUUCAAGGUGGGACAGAAAAUUACUGCAAACAUUUCUCCAAAGGAUACAAGGAAAGGUCGUUUCUAUGGUAUCUUGCAGCACGAUGGAUUUGCUUUGUAUACAGCCUCAGCACCGUCUAAAAUGUAUUACAGGUACCCCGAGGCACCUGUAGAUGUGGAGUUAACUUAUUCCGUGAUCGAGAAUCAGUCCAACAAUAUUUAUUCUCGAGGAUGA